GAUCAACUACAACUUCUCGUUCAUCAAGGUCUUCGAGAUCCUCUACUAGAUCUUCCACAACUUCCUUUUCUUCCUCAACCACAACUUCAUCGUCAUCAUCGAGUUUCUUCCACUGAAGAAGAAUCUACCUCCAUCUUCACACCUACUGAUUCUUCAACUCCAUCAGAAUCAGCUUCUGUCAUAAGAACUCUGACCACUGAAUUGGUAAAUGGUACAAGCAGGGUCUCUGAUAUAUACAUCACUAUCACUGCCACUGCUUCAUCUACUGGUACCAACGACAACACUAAUGGCCAUAAAGGUCUAUCAAGAAAGAAUCGUAAUAUAAUCAUCGGUUGUGUUGUCGGUAUUGGUGUACCUUUAUUGAUCGGUAUUGCUAUUGUGCUAUACAUCUUCUGCAUACAAUCGAAGAAAACUGAUUUUAUCGACUCCGAUGGUAAAGUCGUCACUGCCUACAGUGCUAAUAAAUUGACCUUAUGGUGGUACAAAUUAUUAGGUAAAGAUGCCAGCCAAAAGUAUGAUACAAAUUCUCCAUUGGGAUCAAGCAGUUCAGAUUUGGAUCAACAAAUAAACGAUAACACUUCGAUCAAUGAUUUCGAUUUGGACAUGCUUCAGGCUAGAAGACAUAAUAUAGCCAACCAAGGUACAAUCAAAAGAAACAAUACACAAGCUACUGCUACUGCUAACAAACCUGCGGUGAAUCGUAAUAGUACAUUAACAGGUUCGACAAAUAAGCAUUCAAGUAACGGGUACUCGUCGAUGUCAAACGAUGAAGUUAUAGAUGAAGACAAACACUAUAACAAUAACAAUGAAGAAGACGACGACGAAGAAGAAGACAUUAACCUAAGAAAUUUUUAG